AUAAUAAUAAUAAAAAAAACAAUCAGGUUGUCUUAGGAUUUUCAAGAAGUUCCUCUACAUCUGGAAGGAAGGAAGGUAGGCUGAAAUCAGCAAGGAAUGGGUGCAACAGCCGAAGGAGCGUUUCUUCACCAUAUUGCCAGAGAAACGCGCAACGUUAAACGCCUUGCUAAAUUCUACCACGAGGUUUUAGGGUUUGAGAGGAUUGAAACCCCCAAAUUCGGCAACUUAGAAGUGAUAUGGAUGAAGCUACCCUCUGCAUCCUUCUCCAUCCAUUUCAUCGAGAGAGAUCCCCAGUCGACGACUCUCGAAGGCCCGUCGGAUUUGACUGCUGAGAUCGAUGCGGCCGAUCCCAAGCAUCUCCCUAGGGGCCAUCAUCUUUGCUUUGCUGUCUCUAACUAUGAUUCCUUAGUUCAGACUCUAAAGGAAAAUGGAGUGAAGAUUUUUGAGAAGACCCAACCAGAUGGCAAAACACGACAGACAUUCUUCUUUGACCCAGAUGGUAAUGGCCUGGAAGUAGGGACUUGGGUACAACCAUGAGCAGGAACCUCCUCAGUCCUCACAUGUAAAACAGAACAAUGUCUACCGUAACUGGCAGCCUGUGUGUUUUGGUUUCGAGUACUGUUGUAUCCACUGUUCUUUAUGCCGCUGACUUCUACUUUCUUUUUCUUAUUGUAGAGGGAUUAUAUGAAUCAUGACCUGCACCGUUAUAAGCAGUAUACGGUGCUACACAGGUUUUUGAAUCUGACAAGUGGGGUCCAUGGACAAUUGCUCUGAUUCAUCCCACUUUUGGAUUA